GCCAGGCGCGCUGUUUUUUGCGCGGCUGUCAUCUUCAAACAUGGCGGGCGCGUCGGCGAGCACAUGUGUAUCGGCGGCGUGAAAACGGACGGAUUUCAUCGCUUCGGAAACGUUCCAAUGUGACGUCGUCCGCGUCGGCAGUCGUCCCAGGCCGGGCCGAGCGGGGUUGGACGAUAGGCGUUGACCGUGGCGCCCAAACCGGCGCGGCACAGCCCGAGGCUAGCCGCUGCCAUGGACACCCUGCUUGACACGCGAGACGUGCAGCUGUCUCUGGGCAGCAGCCCCACGACGACCCUGAGCAGCUCUGCAACGAACCCCGGGUCCUGCUCCCAGCUGGGCUCGCCCACCUCGCUGCCCGAUGGAUUCGCUGCAUCGAGCUCCGUCGGGGACGGGAGCAGCGGGGGCAGCCCCUCGGACGUGGCCCCCUGCGGGGCUGGGGGGGGUGUCCUGGGGGCAGGUGCCCCCUCAGGGGGGGCGGUGGUGGCCCCCCCGGCCUCCUCCUCCUCCUCGUCGCUGCCUCAGGGGCCCCAGUUGAGCACCAAGUGCGGCCUCUGUCACGACACCUUCACCAUUCCCAAGGUGCUGAACUGCCUGCACACGUUCUGCCAGCUGUGCCUGGAGAAAGAGGUGACAGGGGACAAGGUGCGCUGUCCGCAGUGCCAGCAGGACAGCCCCCUGCCCCCCGGGGGCACCGCGGGCUUCCCCUCAGACUACGCCGUCUCCAACAUCCUCGAGACGGCUGCGCUCGAGGAGGCCAGCCUCGGGUGCACGGGGUGCAAGGGGAAGGAGUCCAGCGCGGUGGCCCGGUGCUUUGACUGCGCCAACUUCCUGUGCCCCAACUGCGUUAUGGCGCACCAGUUCAUGCACUGCUUCGAGGGCCACCGGGUGCUGACCCUCGGGGAGCUGCAGAGUGCCCGGGACGGCCUGAGGGCGCCACAGGACAAGCCCGUGGCCUGCCUCAGGCACCGCACCGAGGCCCUGCGCUACUUUUGCCGCUCCUGCGACACCCCCGUGUGCAAGGAGUGCACCCUGCUCGACCACCCCAAGGCCCUGCACGACCUGGAGCCUCUGUGUGAGGCGGCGCCCCGUCACGCGGAGGGCUUGUCGCACCUGGUGGAGGACGGCCGGGUGCGCUCCCACGACCUCAGGGGCGCCCUCAAGACCCUGGAGCAGGUGUCCGGGCGGCUGCAGACCCAGUACCAGCGGGCCCAGGGGGAGGUGGGCGAGACCUUCCACUUCUACCGCUCCAUGCUCGAGGAGCGCCGCCAGGAGACCCUGCGCGAGCUCGAGAACAUCUACAACGCCAAGAUGGUCUCCCUUGGGCUGCUCGGACAGAAGGUGCAAGACACCAUAGAGCGCAUCCACCAGGUGUGCGCGUUCGUGGAGCGCCUGACGCGCUUUUCGACCAGCACGGAGGCCCUCGUGUUCAAGCAGCUCCUCGAGGCCAAGUUCCAGGGCUUCCUGUCCUUCCGGCCGGAGUCCGGCCUCCACAACAUGGACCUCGAGUUUGUCUCCAACUUCCAGGCGAUCCAGGUCGGCGUGCGGAACACGUUCGGCUACAUAAAGCAGGGUGGCGCCUCUGACAACCACGGCGUCCCGCGGCAGCCCCCCAUCGCGCGUCCCAACGGCGUGGUCCUCAGCGCGUCGGACCGGAGUGGCGUCGUCGCCACGACAAUCGCCACGUCCCAUCAGAACGGUCACCACCCGCCGCCGCCGCCAACCUCUCCCUUUGAGUCGAACCUUCUGUCGAAGCGCUUCAGCUCCGCAAACAGCCUCGGACCGUUUUCGACGAGUCUCGCGGACGUCAGUCCCUACGAAAAGUGGUCGAGCGGCGGCGGCGGCGACAUCUUCCAGAACGGGACGGAUUACGGAACGGCGCCGGAACCGCCGUCCGUGCUGCCGGUUGGUGGCGGCAGCAGCGGAGGCGGCAGCACGACCACGGCCCUCGCGGAGCUCUCUUCCAAGUACCUCUCCGGCAGCGGCGUGGGCCUGUACCCGCUCAAGUCGCAGAUCAAGCGCCAGAAGAUGAUCUACCACUGCAAGUUCGGCGAGUUCGGCGUCAUGGAGGGCCAGUUCACGGAGCCGUCGGGCGUCGCGGUGAAUGCCCAGAACGACAUCGUGGUGGCCGACACCAACAACCACCGGAUCCAGAUCUUCGACCGCGAGGGGCGCUUCAAGUUCCAGUUCGGCGAGUGCGGCAAGCGGGACGGGCAGCUGCUGUACCCGAACCGCGUGGCCGUAGUGCGCCAGUCGGGAGACAUCGUGGUCACAGAGCGCUCCCCCACGCACCAGAUUCAGAUCUACAACCAGUAUGGCCAGUUCGUGCGCAAGUUUGGCGCUGUGAUCCUCCAGCACCCGCGCGGCGUGGCGGUGGACCCCAAGGGGCGCGUGGUGGUCGUCGAGUGCAAGGUGAUGCGAGUGAUCAUCUUCGACCAGGGCGGAAACGUCCUGCAGAAGUUUGGCUGCUCCAAACACCUCGAGUUUCCCAACGGGGUGGUGGUAAACGACCGGCAGGAGAUCUUCAUCUCGGACAACCGGGCUCACUGCGUCAAGGUGUUCAGCUACGACGGAAACUUCCUUCGCCAGAUUGGUGGGGAGGGGCUGACCAACUACCCGAUCGGCGUGUGCAUGAACCAGGGCGGCGAGAUUCUUGUCGCAGACAACCACAACAACUUCAACGUGACGGUGUUCACUCAGGACGGACAGCUCGUGAACGCACUCGAGUCCAAGGUCAAGCACGCGCAGUGCUUUGACGUCGCACUCAUGGACGACGGGUCAGUGGUCCUCGCAUCCAAGGACUACCGCCUCUACGUGUACCGCUACGUCCAGUUGCCGUCUUCGGCUGCGGCAGGCCCGGCGACUUCCGGGACCGGCGCGGGCUGCCUCUGAUGGCUCUGGCUUCGGCUUUGGGGAGCCGUCGUCGUCCGCUUCUCGGGACGUCUGCUGCGAUUGUCCACGGACCUGCUCUGUUUGCUGUCACUCCUCCCUCUCCCCCCCCCUUACCUGACCCUCUUCUUUUAGUUUUGUUCUCGGAAAACUGUUUCAUUGCUUCCGACCAACGCGUCUCGUUACGUUUUUUUUUAAUUCCGCCUGGCUUUAACUUUUGGCGAUGUUUGGGGUCGUUUUUUUUUUUUUUUUCUUUUGGCUCAUAUUACGAGAGAGAAGGCUUAUGACCUUUCCUUUUUUUUCUUUUAAUUUUCUUCUGAAAAGAGGAAAGUGAUGCUGGUUUUGGCAUCUGUCUGCGGAAGAAUUUUUUUUUUUGGUAGAACCAUUUUGUUUUAUUGCCUACAUAGAAAAGAAAGACCACAAAACGCUACAGGAAAUUUUUUUCUUCUCUUUUUCCUCCUGAAAAACAGGUCUUGGUUUUUAAGGUUGCAAACAUACGCCCCCUUUUGUGGUAUUUCGUUUUUAAUUGUGCCGCCGAAACGGCAUCGUCCGUUGCCUUUCUCUCCAGUGCCCCGUCGCCCCCCUCACUUUUUUUUUUUGUAUCCUGCGAUCUGAUCUACUUAAAUUAUUUGCGAGUCGUUUUACAAACUGUGCUGCAUUGUUUUUAUUUAAGACCAUAGUAUACAUGGCACACGGCUCCUGUUGCAUAACUGCUGGUGGUAGUGUGGAGUUGUAAGAGUUGUAACCUUGUUUUUGUUUUUUCUGGCCUUGCCUCAGUAUUUUUUUGGCUUGUGGAAUCUCCUUGCUCUGCAACUGGGGGAAAAGUGAAACCACUUAUCCCCCGUUUUUUUUUUUUUUUUUUUAUGCCGGACUGGUUAAUAAUAUAAUAAUUGGCAGUUUUUACUUCAUUUUUAUGUCUGUGGUGGGAUUUCUUCUAUUUUUCUUCGUUUGUCCUCCCUCCUCCCACACAAACUUCAUUUUCCAAGUUUUGGGUGCGGUUAAGUUUUAGAUCAUCACCGUUUGUACCGCUUUUUUUUUUUUUAUAUUCCCUCGCCUGUAUCCUUUGCAUCUCUUUCUUGUUGAAUCUUGUUUAUGGCGGUGGUCAAGUAUUGUUUGCCCGAGAGCUCUCUUUGUUUGAGGUUACAAGCGUUUUGUGUACUUUCCUAGUCAACGACGGCAACACAACGGAGCGAUGAUAUGCGCGGGGGUUUACGGAGCUGAGAAAAAGGAGGCGAUGCGGAGAGGGAACAUGCCAAAGAUCUUGCACGGGGAUCGGGAAGUUACAAAAUGUGGCCGAUCUCUGGCCGAUCUCUCGACGAUCGGUCGUUCAAGAAAGUGAACUGGGUAUGAACUGGAGUUCCGUUGGAAGGGGGCAACUACCCGCAGCACGUGGGCAGUAGAGCAGAAAGCUUGUUGUGCCAAGUUUUCCCCCUUGCUCUCCUUUCCUUGUGUAAGUUUUUUCACAUAUUUAUUAUUUGCCUUUCAUGGGGGAGGGGUGGGGGUUCGUUCCCACAACGGCGUUAGCCAACACUGUCAAGGGGGGGGGGGGGGGGGGAGGGCUACCUAGUGUUGGUCAACAGUGUUGACCUACAAGGGUCUCUCACAAUAGUACUGCCAUUUUCUUUUCUUCCUGAAGUUGUUCACAAAGUCUGGGAGGAACUGUUCCUUUUUUUUUUUUUCUCUCGUCCUUACGUAUUCUACAUAUUUUUUUUCUCUUUUGUAGUGGUGUUACGAAGUUGUUAAGUCUUGCCCCUACCCAUAUUUUAGGGAUUGAGGUUUGGUGUUAAAUGUUAAAGGGACGGAGUUGGGAGAGGGUGUUGUUCCUUCUGGGUUCAAUCCUUUUUGUUUUUAAUAUUAUUGUAAUGUUCUUUUUUUUUUGGUUCCUAGUCAUCAGGUGCUCUCUUCUGUCUACCCCACGCAGAGUCUAAAACCUUGUACGACUCCUUUUUUUUUUUGUCCUUCCACUUUUGAAGGUUGAGGAAUGCACAACCUUAUGUUUGUUUAGUUGUUUGUUGGGUGGUGGGGAGCCUAAAGAAGAAACGAAAAGAAAAAAAAAGUAUCAUCGGUGUUUUCCUCGUGGUCUGUUCUGGUCCCCGAGAUUUAUGCGAGUUAUGUUUUUUGUUGACUAAGUUGCAUUGUUUAAGGAGAAAGAGGUGAAACAACAAAAGAAACCGAAACAAGAGUUUUUUAGUUUGCAUCAUUUCUCUGUUUUUAAGAGUAGAAACACAGGGCAGCUUUUGUCUAUUCUUGUACCGUUUCUGCACAUUUUUUUGGUUUGUUUUUAAGUAUAUAUAUAUAUAUAAACUGUUCUCUCUCUCCUUGCAUUUAUAUAUUCUGUUUUCAUUUAGUUGUUUCUGUCUUGAACUCUUGGUUUUUUUGUUUUUUUUUGCCUGGGCAAAGCAAGCUGUCUGUCUCCCAAAGUUUUUUUUCCUCCUCUGUUUUACCUUGUUUGUUUUAGUCACUUGUGUUUUUAGACCUAGCCACCUGCGCAGUUUUGUUUUAUAUAGAGUUUUCGUUCCAUUGUUUCCUAUGCACGCACAGUUUCCAGCCUAGGCAGCGGCAUGCUAACCGCGUUGUAAUCAGCAAAGCGCAACUUCUCAGAUAAUCUCUGCAAUUUGUUUUCCCCAACCUCUGGGAUUACAGGGGGGAAAAAAAUGCUCAAGGUGUUUUUUGGCCGCUGUGAAAAAGAAAAAAAAAGUGUUGAGCGCAUGGCGACGAGCUUAGUGGUUAGUUGUUUUGCUCGUGUAACUUAUUUCGUGAGAGUUGUCGCUGCAAAAGCAAAUCUUCGAAGGAAGUUCUGUUGAAUAAACAAUUUUUUCCGUUGUUUCAGCAAUAAGCGAAUGACUGCUGGCAUGAGUAGUUGCAAGCUGGCAGGAGGACUGAUUUUGAGUGGCUUUGUUUCUUUUUAUUUAUUUUCCCCUCCUGUAUCAUUUGGGUGGUUUGCCCUUUGUAAGGGGUCAGUCCGACAAAAGGUUUCCCUCCGAAAACGAGCAGUGCCGUGUUGUUCAUCCCGUGGAGCGUUUUCGACCGUGCCGAAGGUGGACGGUUUUUAGGACGCAAAGCUACUCGCGGGUUUGACGCCGCCGACUCCAAAAGGGAAAAUGGAACGGCGGUUGUUUUCCGGCGGCGCAGAGGUUGUGUGGUAGCGAGUGUGCGCGUGCAUAUUUGUGCACCUCCCCAGUGUGUGCGUGUUUCUGUGUCGUGUCGUUUGUUCGCCUUCGCACGUGCCCAAGCUUUUUCUCGCAGUGUAGGGAACGACCCGCCGAGGCCGGAGUUUCUCCCGUCUGCCCUCUCCCCAAUACAUAUCCAGAGUUGUCCCGUUUGUUGGCUAAAGUUUAGCCGGGUGUGAAGGAAGUUUACAGUGGAGCGUGUUGUCAUUCUCGAGCUAUAGCAGUAGGUGUUUUUGCACUUGUGCAGCGUGCUGUAGAGGAAACAAGUGGACGUGUAGUUGCGUCGUUUAUCAUUCUCCUCCUUUUGCAGCCUUGUCGUCGUUGCUUCCUUUCACACUAUGCAACUAGAGUCCGGAGGUGAUCUGGCGAUGGAUAGUCUGCCUCUCCGACUCCGUUUACUGUUCAGUCUGAAGACUCGCAUGCAGUGCCCUUGUCUCUGCGGAAGCCCGAAGCCGUUUCGACCGUCUAGUGCAAACUCUUGGCCGAAGCGCUCGGCCAAGAGUUUGCACUAGACAGUCAAUGCCCGAUCGACUAGAAACCGAAAGUAUGCAACGUUGCUCUGGGUUUGCGGAUGCAUUGCGGGUUCCUGAGGUCGCAGGCUCGCUGACGGCAGCUCAGUAGACAGGCGGGCUCUUCUACUUGACAGACGCUCUGUAGCUCGCGGUUGGGUUGGGCUCGCAUUCCUUCUUUUCUCCUUGUCCUACGUAUAACGGCAGAAAUGGUCCUUUUUGGACUUCGUCUUUUCGGAGACAGGAGCGACGGUCACUUUGCACCGAUUGCCUGGCGGGGCACACGUCACAUUCCAAAAAGGUUGUUCUGUAACGAAUUUUCGCACCAUCCUCUUCACUCGUCGCCUUCGCCCUCGGGCGAGGCUUUUUCUUUCUUCGUUUGCGUCGCUCUUUCGGGGAAUGAGUUGUGGGUACGCUACGACGUGUUUAGGGCUUCCAGGGUUUUCGAUUGCCCUUCCGUGUGUCACCCAAAAUCGGUGCUCAGAGGUGUGAAUUCGUCGUGGACCAUUCCUUUAGGUUCCCGCUUGUCUCACUCUGGUCGAGCAGAACCGAUAAGAUUGGAACUGCUUCAUUCUCAAUCCCACGCGACUUUUUCUGUCGCACGUUUGAUUUGUUUGUGUCGUUGCACUGUCCAUUGCCCUUGCCAAUCACACCCCCCCCUCCCCCGCCGCCGUCGACUCAAUUAUGUCUCCAGAGCGUAGACCAAGGUGCGUGGUUUGUUACACCCUUUAACGGCGAGUUGGUCAUCGUUUCAUUAUAAGGAAUAACAACAGUUUUAAUCUCCUAUUCCAGUUUACAAUUAUGCCAAUUUUCCAGGAGUAGGAGUGGCACUGAAGAAUAUUAAUUAAAAAAAAAGUUGAAAGUUUUUCAUAGUACAAAAGAUACAUCUCUCUACUGCGGUUACACGGCUUCAUUUGCAGUUUUCCUUUUUGUUCCCGUGCGUUUUCGUUUUUACGUUGACAUUUUUUGGAAGGUUUAUUAUUUAAAUAGAAGGAAGGAUCGAACAGCCUUUCUCGUUGGGAGGUCCGCUGACGCAGAUGAAGUUUUCUGGUUCUUAAUAUAUAUUAGCUCCAUGUUCACGGCAUAUACAUAUAUAUAUAUAAAUAUCUACAUUUGUGUGUGUGGGUGUGCUUAUAUUUAUACUGUGUAUGUGACUACAACAACAAAAAAAAGGGUGUGACCGAACUUGUGGUGGGCGUGUGGACGUGCAUUUAUCAUUGAAGCAACGGGGAUAUGCGAGUGUAUUUCAGAUGGGGGCUUCGUUUCUCAUGCUUGCUCUCGCAAGGACACUUGCCCUGGCCUCUUUCCGAGGGAGCGCCGAACUUGCUCAUCCUUUUUAUUUCCCACCACGGUUGCGCGUUGCGACCGAGGCGGAGUGCGGCAGAAGUUCCACCCGUACUCCCACGUCUACCUGUGCGUCUUGUGUGAUGUCGGCCUUUUGUCUGCGGCAAGUCUGGGCUCCGGUUUGGGCCGUUUGUUACGGGGGACGGCGGCUUUCGUGUUUUGUCGCGCCGGCCGAAAAGUGUCCGCGAUUCCAAGGCUGGUCGGUCCUGGAAACUGCACCCUAUGGCUGUGAGUUGCUCCAUGCCUUGCGGCAACACUAGCAACAAUCACUGUCUCCUCAGUGGAUUGUAGAAGGCAGUGUUGUCGGACUGCAAGGUGGCGCCACCUGUAGUUCACACGGGCACAGAAUUUUUUCUGGAAAAGGGGGGGGGGGGAGGGUGAGUCUGGGUGAAUUGAUUGUUGUGCCAUGGUGCGGGCACGCAAUUGUUUGCCUUCUGGGGGUGGCGCUGGGUUGGAGGGCUUCUGUCUGGGGUUUCCUUUCGCUUCCCCCCCCACCCUCUCCCCCUUUUAGGGUUGGAAUGGGGGUUGUGCCUAGUCAGUGCUGCCGGUCUUUAUUGCCAUGUACACACAGCUAUAACUGAAGCUUGCUGCCGGCACACUUUGUCUUUUUUUUCUUCCCGGGGUGCCACAAUGUUUUGAAGUGUAUGGUGUUUUCUUUUUUCAAUGUCUUGCCUUUUAUCGGAAGCCAAUCUCCGUGUUGGGUCUUAUUAUGCGCAUAUCGCGUUCUCUCUCUCACUCUCCACUCCGAGGAGAAGUUUGCCGUGUCAGUUGCGUCUCGCCUGUUUGUGCUAUCUGUCCCCCCCCCUGUUUUUGUUUUUCCUCCCGUGUACACUCUUUUCUGUUUUGGCAGUACGUGCUCAAGGCGACAUGUUACAUGUUGUUGGCUACUCCCGUUCUUCUGUUUUUCUCGCUGUGGAUGUGUUAUACGUGCUUCUACGUGUGGUUGCUCCAUGCACGAGGCUUUCUUCUUUGAGCAGGCAAUGCUGGAUCGUUACCAGCUAUAAGGGUUUCUCGAGCGCUGCUGAGAUUUCCAGUAAACGUCCCGAAAUUGGACGAAGCCUUCUGGCAACCGGCGCAUGCAAUAUCCGGAAAACUUUACUUCAUCUCACACUCUUCUACCUGCGACGGUGUUUUAUCGGAAGUGUCGCAAGUUUGAUCUCAGUUCUCAAAGAAACGUGUUGGAGCUCGAUGGUAAGGACGCCUCAGCUUGUGCCAGCUAAUGUGGCAACAAAUCCUGUUUCAGGUUUGUCUGUGCCCAUGGUUUUCUAAACUUUAUUUCACCUUACAGUAGUGGUGAAGUGAAGGCUACUGCACGAGGAGUUUGCCCUCGAAUGUGUUCCGGCUUCGCAAAAAGGAGCUUUUUUCAAAGCUGCUUGCUCUUUAGCCUUCAUCUCGCUAUCAAGGGGAGAUGAAUGAGGUCUCUUGGGUUUGCUUACAUCUAUACAAAUGUACUUCAGGAGCAGUCCUAAUCUCACUUUAGGCUCCCGGUUGCCGGGUCUCAGUGGCCGACAACCCUUAUAGCGGACGCUGAGUGGACGACUGUAUGUAGCGGAGCGAGGCUUACGUCUUUUGUGGGAGCCUGUUCAGCCAGGUUACGUUAGCAAACCAAACCAACAAUCCAUGCGGCACACGUUUGUCGCGCUCAUUGAUAGCCUCCGUUAGCGGACCUCACUCCGGAGCACGCGCAAAGGGAAGCCGUCAACGACCUUGCAACGUGCACGCGAGGUCUUCGUGUGGACAUGUCUUCCCCUUGGCGAGGAGCGACUGUUCCAGAGGUCCGUAAGCUCAUCAUCUCCCAAGUUGUUAAUAUUGUAUUACAGAGAACACUAGAUCUGUGAGGGGGUUUCUUUCCAUUCUCUUUGUUCUCACUUUCGCAAAGAAACAAGGGAUCCUGUGUGUUGUGUACUUUAAGGACGUUUCUGCACAUGUUCCACUUUUGUACGAAUGAUGUAUGUAGUGUGCGUUUUUUCUAUAGACUAAUGUUGAGACAUCCUUAGUAUUUUUUUACGGAUAAAAAAAAAAAAGCAGAACACUCUCCUUGCUGUGGUGGUGCCGUGACCGGGAAUCGUCCAAACCCGACCGACCGUUUCUCGUUUCUGGCCGUUUGCAUCUAUUGUGGGGAAUUUUCCUUACCGUUAUUCCCUAGCUCCCGUUAGAGUCAUGUUGGAGGCUUGAGGAUUCGGUGGGACUUUGGUUGAUGUGCACAGAACAUUGGCGCUUUGAUUUACUUGAUGUCCUCUUCGGUUUUUGGUUCAUUAUCUCAAAGCUGCUCUUGUGCGUUCUCAAGCUAAAGUAACCCCUCGACAAUCCCUACAGGCGGUCGACACCUUAAUUUCAUUCAACGAUUGGCAUUUGCUGACUUCUUGGAGGGUUGGGACGCUAGUUGGGAGUGGGGAUUUCAUAGCUGUUUUUUUGUUGACUCGUGUUGGUGCUGAAAAUCUCUAACAAUAAUAAAGUGAAAAAAUUGUAACCAAAAAAAAAUAUACCUAAAUGAACGCUCCUGCCCAAGCGCUAUUUGAGAGAAACCAACUGAACAAAGUAUGCAGCGUCACGGUCUUGUUGUGGAACGCGACGAAAGUCAAUUUUCGUACAACGUGCCAGGACACUGUUGUUAACUCCGGAAGGGCACAGGAAGAUCCAAUGUUUUCCGUUUCGUGACUGCAGGCAUGUUAGACAGCGGCACCUGGUUUUUGGUUGGGGUUUGGUGUUGUCACUGAGAGAUGUUCAUGAGUGUUUUCUACGAAAACAUGAAAAAGAGGUGUUGUCUUCAAAGUUUCUCCCUCCCCACCCCAAAUAUGCUUUCGGCGUGUUCAAGUGCAUAGUCAUACGAGUUCCUGUCCUGCGGCGAAUCGGCUGCCUGCCAAAUGUUUUCCCCCGGCAAAGAGGCAUUGGCAACAUGAGCAUGAAGCUAGCCGGAAUUGUCCGCAUUCUCUGUCCUUUAUUUAUUUGGUGCAGCGCUGCGAUCUGCCAGCGUGCCUUGCACGUAAAAGAUUGGUUUGCCGCUCUUUGUUUUCGUUACUGUUUCAUCCGCCGGGUGGCGAAGAAGCCUAAUGUACGAGGCCGCCAUGGUCGGGUCGACUUGCACUCGAACCGAAGGUUGACCAGUGAGGGGGACUCGUUUCACCUCCUGACCAAUGAGUUUCGUUUGGGAUUUCGGACGUUUUGUUCUUUGUUUUAUGUGUCGACUCUGGCUUCUGGUCACGAAGAACUCCUGGAUUCUUUCUGUCUUGCCUUGUUUUCUUUGUGUGUGAUGUCACUAACUUAUUGGAUUGUUUUCCUCGCGCUCUUUGUACACAUUUUAUGGUACUCUGUCCCUGCCCCAUUUUGUUUGUUGAAACUUAGUGUACGGAUAAACGCGUUCGACAAUUAAAUAUUUUUGUUUUGGUGAUCGCA